AGGUUCUGUGGCCCGGCGACAACAGUGAGUGUGCCAUGCACAUGUCCUCCACGUGUGAGUGUCAAGACCCUGGGUCAGGCCGUGUGGUGGACAGGAGAGUGCUAUACUGCUGUAAUCACACUCUUCCCGGAGCAAGUUCACCUACUACUCAACCCGCCUGACAGACUAUUUAUCACCGGACCGCCCGGUACAGGUAAAACUGUGGUGCUGCUGCUGAUGGCCAUAGAGUGGCUGCGGUGUGGUCACUACGUGUACAUUGUGACCAGUUGCCGGGAAAGUCGUGCAGCGUGCAUCUUGCUGUACCACCUUCUGCUACAGAAGAUGAAAAUGCUGAAUUUGCAGCUGACACCAAGAGAAACACCUCGUCAGGUUUACCUCUUGGAUUAUGAUCUGGAAAAGGCCUACAUGCACUUGUCAAAGGCGGCGAAGGAAAAGUCCCUAUUUGUCAUCGCUGACGAAGUGGAGUUUGAGUUGAGCUUCCGGACUUUUUGUAACAAGCUUCUGCUACGAGUGCCUGAUCUCCAUCUUUGGGCGGCAAGUUGUUUCCCUGCAAAUAGACUUGCUGGCUGGCAAAUCAGUACUUUAACAAGACCCCUCCGCAUUCCGCCAGUCGUUAUAAGGGAAGCCAAGAAGUUUGAGGUUCCUUCUGCUAUGGCGUACAAGCCACGUGAAGUUCCGGAUCAUACAGACGGCCCUCCAGUCAAGCGACUGUGUCACGGGGGCAAAGGUCAUGAAGGUGACAGACCAAGCAAAUGUAUCACGUGCGGUAAGGAGUUGGGCAGCUUUCUACGCAGUCUUCGGGAUGUUUUGCCUGCAGAGCUUGUGACAUCAUCUACGACCACCACUUCCACCAACAGCGAUAUAUCAUCACCCUGUCUGCAGUGGAGAGACAUCCUAGUGUUGCACUCGAGUCGCGUCAGUGAAAAGAUGGGUGUGAUGAUGGGUCUCAGAGAAAUAGGUAUUCCCGUGCAAGUGUUGGAAGAAGAUAACAUUGAGGACAUGGCCACAUCGUGUAGCGAUGUGGUAUGGGUGGCUGAAGCAAACUAUGUGUGUGGUCUAGAGAGAAAAGUCAUAGUGUGGCUAGAUCCUCAUAAAUCUGGCUAUUUUUUUCGUUUUUACUUUAGGUCAAUCUGCACGUCACAACUCGUAGUUGUAUCUCCUGAUACACCCGCUGAUGAGGAAUAGUUCGCACUCCCCUCCUGUAGUCUUGUAUGUGCCCUACACAAUCACCUCCUUUUGUUUUCCUUUGCAAUCAUAACAUAAAUACAGAAUUAGUUCUGACAAAAACCAUUAAAUCGUGUUGUUUAAUCUCCUGUUUGCUCUGUAUACACUUUGAGACAUUUAGAAGAAAUAGAAGGCUCUACAACAGAGCUUGUUAAAUCUCUUGACAAAACGCUACCAUACUGUGGCAUGGGGCAUACACUUAACAAUUGACUGUAUUACUAUCUUAGAGCUACAUUUACAUUCACAUUAAGCCAACUUGUUUUCUGUCCUAAAUGCUUUAUGCCCAAAGCUAUGCAAGGGUCAGAUCCACAGAAAAUCUAUGUUUUUAUUACAUUUUCAUACUAGAAGACUAGCUGCAAGCUGGAUAGCUGCCAUCUGAUCCGGGACGACACUGUUGAAAAGCGUACUUGAAGAAACCCCGGAAAGAUCAUCUACGUCGAAGUGUAUAGAAGACCUGGUUAGCAAAAGUAACAGAAGGGACUGGACAAUACAUUCAGAACCUGCUAAUUGUCAUGGAUGCAUAACUGUCCUGAUAAUUAGAUUAUAAUGCGAAGAGUUUUGUUGAUGGAAGUGAAAUAAUUCACUAGUGAGUAGCAGCGAGACGAUAGACUGUAUUCAAAUGAGAUGGAAGCAUCUAGAGGUAUAAGUGACAAUGUACUCAUCAAAUGGUAGUUACAUGAGUUGUACAUUAUUGGGGGGGGGGGAGCGGAUGAACCGUCCAGCUUGUUAGACGUUUGCUCGUCGGUGCUAUGACUGCAUCAAGACCUACCCUCGUCUAAUUUGUACAGUUGUGACUCAUCCAAUAUUAUUUCACAUUUGGGAAGUCAAGGGACCAAUGUUUGACUAAGCUUACAUUAAUGGUUACAGGUAAUUAUUAAGUUCAAGUAAUAAAGUAUCUAUCUAUAAUUAUUUCAGUGUUUCAACUAUGUCACAGAGGGUGACAUGAGGCUACCAGCCCAGCACAGCGAAGGUGGCUUAGCCCACCUGUUGAAUGGCAAACGUUUUUUUGUUUUGUUUUUGUUAUUGUAAUUUAAUAUUAGAAAAAAGAGGUGGGAAGACGAUUUAAAGGGAUUUUAACCCAUAUAUUCAGACUCAAAAGUGCCAUUAAUUACUACAACAAUACCACUAAGUCCCAGGAUUUCUACUGUUACUUAGCUUUGAUGAUGCGCAUCUAUCCGAAAACUACGACUGAAGUGCGUAACCUCUGGGUCGCUAGCUGAAAAUGUCGUGGGAGCUUUGAUUUCGAUUUCUAUAAGGGGCUUCCAUGGCUAAUGACGCUGGUUUCCCAAAAAAUCAUCACACUUCCGGAAUUUCGAGCGCUCGAUUUAUUUCGUGGAGUUCUCGGUAAUCUUCAGAAACCAGCAAAGUUUCUCGCCUUCAACAUCGAAUUACACUUGAACAAGCCCGAUGUGGCUUGAAUGCUCGAUAUUUUAGGGUCUUACUUCAACACUUAAACAAAUCCCAAAAGUUUGUAUUUAGAGGUGAGAAUCCCUUUAAAUUAAUUGUUUAAGGCCAGCACUUCCCUUCCCAGUGAGACACUACGUGUCGGGAGUGAAUGCCGAUGUCUUCCUAACAAAGGUGUGGUAUUCGUGUUUUUGUGCAUCUCGGUUUUUUUUAAUGUUGACAUUUUAUGUAAUUUGUUAAAAAGUAUGAAUACGUUUCAGUAAUUUUUUGUUCUCUUUCAAACUGUUAUAGGGACAUUUUUUUUAUUGGUAUCCUGGAGUGUUUGGCUCAGUAAGGUUGAGGUCUCUCGUUCCCACAUACAGCGUCAUUUAGCUUAUAACGUCUGCUUCGAAGUGGAGAUGCCAGUUUUGUUCUGUUUUUUAUAUUGUUUUUAUGGUUCAAGAUAACUUGUGAUCGUGUCUAUAAAAGAUUUGUAUGUUUGAAACAUUACUCCCUAGUGAUAGUUAAUACAGUGAAAGUAGUGCUGUGCCGAUUUUUAUCAUUUUUAUUCUUAAGUUUGAUCUUAAGUUUCUCUCAGGACUGUGUUUAGAAUUAGAAACUUAUUAUAAUGAUGUGCAAAAUUUUAAAUAUUAGCCAUUAGUAGUACCGUUGUCACACUUUUUUGUCAUGUAACACCUUUUUGUAUUUUACUUGUAUUUACCUUUUAUCUGUGUACAUUUAUGUAAAAAUUGUUUAUACGUUUCAUUAAAAUGAUAGUGUGUAGUCAAAAUUUCUCUAUUCUCCAAUUGUGUGAAUAAAUAAAAUGUUAAAAAUGUCAAUGUUAAUGUUAAUCUACUGUUCCCGUAUAUGAUAACUCUUUCCAUUCUUGGAGGGGUAAAGAAUCCUUAAACAGUCUGCGAUAGAUUGACCGGAAGACAAUGGUCAUUUAUGGACUGGCAAAGUGUCCUAGAAUUUAUUUGUCCUAGAAUGCAUUUCAACCCACGCAUGACUCUGUAAUUGUCUCCAAGAGGACUAAAUGCUCAAAAGAGUUUGCAGUCCUUCAUUGCCUACUUUCACAAAGUAAAAAACAAAUUCAGAUGGCCUGCAGUCUUUCUCCUUCUUCGAUGAUGUAAUGAUGUGGUUCUUCUGUAGUUUCAUUUGCCGCAUUUUAAAAACCAGCGAAUCUUACCAGGAUAAAAUCGGUCAACCAUCAAUAUAUUUUUCAACGAUAUCCUCACUGUUGAUUUGAUUAGACAAAGUAGAGAUAUUAGCAAAACUAACAAUAAUAAAUAUGUUUAUUGAUUUACUAAAAAGUGUAUAAGCAGCUGUAUGAUUUAAAUGGUAGAGGCCAGGGCUUCUGCUAAGUCUAAAUUCUUUGCGGUCCCAGGGACCCCUUCUUCAGAUUUUUAAAGGGUCCCUGUUCUUCGCCCAAAUUUGAAGGGGACCCCAUUGACGAAAAUUGAAGGGGUCC